AGGGGGGCACUUUCUGUAUGUGCUCCCUCCCCUGGUAACAGUAUCCAACCUUCUUCUGUUUAAUAGGUUAGGGCACACCUUACAUCACAACGGGGGAAGGUAUUUCUUGGGUAUUUCUUCAGUGUACUUUUCAAGAAGGUUUUCCAGUCACUUGUUCCAUAAGAUCUUUGUAUCUAUUCAGUGAGCCACCACAAAGCAGGAUCAACUUACAUAACAGGCUCCAGGGAAAGAGUGAGAGGCAUGAAGAAAACAGGAAUAACCACAGGAUAUCUCAUUCAUCAAAUGUGCAAGCAGUAUGAACGUAAAUGCCUUUUGACAUAUUUAACAGCAAGUCAUGAUUUUAAAGUAUCAACGCAUUAAUUUCAAGCAAGUGGGUGAAAAUAUUACUAGAGACAACUUGGAGAAAGACCAUUAGGCAGGAUCAGCUCGAAAAACAGGACUCAUUGAACUGAGUUAUUAACACUGGAAUAUGGCUUUGAGUACUUGCGACACCAGUUUUACUCAUUGCAAUAAGGUCCAUAGGAUCAUGUUGCUCCGCCUACGAUCUUUACGUUUUUUCAGCAUUGUGGCUUUUAUAAUUUCCUUGCUUUUGUUCAUCAUCUUCCCUCCCUUCCACUACUCCAUGCUUCCUUUGCAGAAAAGACCAGUUCACACCCUAAUUGUCUCCUCUUGGCGUUCCGGUUCAUCAUUCCUGGGGCAGAUCUUUAACCACCACCCUGAUGUAUUUUACAUUUUUGAGCCUGGACAUCCCAUCUGGAUGAGGUUUCAAGAAGAGAAAGCUGAGGUUCUUCACUAUCCAGUUAGAGAUCUCAUGCGUUCUUUCUUUAACUGUGAUGUAUCCCCCCUUUACUCUUAUCUACCCGAAGGGGGAAAAAAUAUAUCUGAGCUAAAGUUUUUUCCUGAGACUCGAGCCCUUUGCUUUCCUCCAGCUUGUUCAGUUUCUUAUCCAACAGAAGACUAUGACCGUUACCAAUGUUCGUUACAUUGUGGGGGUAUUUCUUUGAAAAAAAUGUCAGAAGCAUGUAAAAAAUACAAUCAUAUAGUGCUAAAAACUGUGCGGAUCCUAGAUCUUAGGGUCCUCCUUCCCCUUCUUUAUGAUCCUUCUUUGAACCUUAGAAUUAUUCACCUAGUGAGGGAUCCUAGAGCUGUGGCCUCUUCAAGGAGAUAUUUUAGUCUGAGCAUUGAUGACAAUAUUGUGGUUGGCAACAAGCAAAAGGGAAAAAAAUAUAAACCCAGUAUUGUCCAAGUUAUGUCAAAAAUCUGCAGUGCCCAGGUGCUCAUUUAUAAGUUUGCCAGGGCAGCAAGGGGUUUGUUGGAUGAGAGAUAUAUGCUUUUACGUUAUGAAGACUUAGCAACACAACCUGACCUCAAUGUCAGAGAAGUUUACAGAUUUACUGGUCUUAGCUUUCUGAACAGUAUGAAAAUCUGGGCCUAUAAUAUCACACAUAAUAAAGUUAGGAAUGAUGGCUUUAUGAAAUACUCCAUGAAAUCUGAAUCAGUGGUCCAAAAGUGGAGGGGUACUAUGAACUUCCCUGUGGUCAAGCAAAUUCAACAAGUAUGUCAGGAGGCUAUGACGUUAUUUGGCUAUCUUCCAUUAGAAUCAGAAACAGACCAGAUGAAUCCAUUUGUAAACAUUAUUGGAGAGAGGAUAAAGGAUAAAAACCAGAAUGUGGAGGACAAAUAAUAACAGAGAUGUCCCUAGGAAAUAAAAUACAGAAAAUCUUUUGCUUCUGGAAAAAAGACUACACUGAUUUGGAACAAGUAGAUUUUGAUGAGUAUAAGGCCUAUGUUUUCAUUACACCAUUGCUCUUACAGUGAACUUUUCAUUUAAGUGUACAUGAUUGCUCUGGUUAUGUUUCAGUGUAUUUGUUUUAAAUAUAACACAUGUUCUUUAUA